CCAUUUAGCGUUUGCUUAUUAAACUGCGUCGCUUAUUAAAUAUUUACUUUAAUCUAACAUUAUCAUACAAGAGGUUCAAUCGAGUUUGUUCAGUGUUGAAACCCAAGCGAUCAAUCCAGUAUUGUGACGUGUUAAAUGAUAGCGUGAACAAUGUCCAGUUUGAAAUCAAUAUGUCAAAGUUCAGAAUAGUCAUAAACCAGCUGUGCAUGUGCACACCUUAAGAACUAAAAGUGCACUUUAACCUAAUCGGUUAAAGUGCAGUGGUUGGACAGGUUGGAGAACAGAACAAGUGUACACUUAUCUACUUUGGUAAAUUGAGAAUAGGUGGAAAAAUAAAAUAAUUUCAGAAAUAUGUCAGGUCUAACUGAGGCCCUCGAUGAAUGGAAUGCCCUCGACGAAGACUAUCAGCAAAUUCAGGAGACACAUCGGUUGUACUUGCAGAAACUAAAUGAAGUAUCUAAGCUGCAAAGCCAUGUCUCUUCUUCUAUUGCACGUCAGAAGAAAAGACUAAAGGAAUUGUCUUGGUUAAUGAAAAAAUGUAAAGGACUGAGUGAAGACGAGAGAGAAACUUUAGAUGGAAUCAAGGAGCAUAUCAAAGCCAGACCCAACAUUUUCCUUGAGAUGGAGGCUUUCCUUCCAAAGAAGAAUGGGCUGUAUCUGAAUCUUGUUCUGGGGAACGUUACUGUUACUCUUCUGAGCAAGCAAUUAAAAUUUGCUUACAAAGAUGAAUAUGAACAGUUUAAGUUGUGUCUCACAAUGAUUCUGCUACUGUUCUCCUUCAUAUGCACUUUCUUUGUGAGUUACCGGUUUGUUGAUGCUAUCCUGAACUUCUUGCUAGUCUGGUACUACUGCACCUUGACCAUCCGUGAGAGCAUCCUGAUCAGCAAUGGCUCCAGAAUCAAAGGCUGGUGGGUUUUCCAUCAUUACGUCUCUGCCUUCCUCUCUGGAGUCAUGCUGACAUGGCCUGAUGGCGUCUUGUACCACACCUUCAGGAACUUGUUCCUUGCCUACACCUUGUAUCAAAGUUUUGUACAGUGUCUGCAGUGCUAUUAUCAGAGCGGCUGUCUGUACAGAUUGAGAGCCCUCGGAGAGAGACACAACAUGGACCUGACUGUGGAGGGGUUUCAGUCUUGGAUGUGGAGAGGACUGACAUUUCUUCUUCCCUUUCUGUUUUUUGGUCAUUUCUGGCAGCUCUACAAUGGGCUUGUCCUGUUCAGAAUGGCCCAGCUCCCAGACUGUAAAGAAUGGCAGGUUUGGACAUGUGGUGCCUGCUUCUUGGUCCUCUUCAUGGGUAACUUCUUCACAACAUUGGCCGUCGUCCGCCAGAAGUUAAAGAGCAAGAGCCAGAUCAAGUCCAAGAGUCAGUAAUGUAGAAAGGAAGGACGAGAAGAAGGAUGUUGGCACAUGGUCAAAUCAAAAAGUGUCCCUUUAACAACCAUGUCUAAGUCAAGCUUGUUGGUGUCUACAAAAGUUUGACAUUUUUCCUAUGAUUCUUUUUUUUCUACAGCAGUUUACUCAUUCAAUGUUUUGAUUGCCACCUUAGAUUCAUGGAUGGAGAAAUUGAAUGAACGAUUAAUGGUGACAUUGUCAUUGAAGAAAGUUUUGUAAUACAUUAAUUAAAUAAUGACAAUAAAACUGUUUUAAUUGUGAUAAUUUGAAUACAGUAGCCUAGUAGUUAUGGAGCAAUAUUUUUCAUAUGUUUAAAAUGUACUUUUUACAGUGACAAAGUAUGUUGUACUUAG